AUGGCUGACGAAAGAAGUUCUGUUGAUAAGGACCGUUCCCCUGAUGGGGUCUCCGCAUUCGAGCCAGAGGAACCAUCUUCCUGGAUUCAAUCAAAGCUCAAAGUCGAAUUGAAAGGAAUUGAGCGGGUGACCGAUGAGGAGCGCUUGCAUAAUACCACGAAAUUCUGGAAUGCCUGCACAUUUUGGUUGAGCGCAAACAUGGCAGUCGCCACUCUUAAUAUCGGCUCGUUAGGCGGUGCCCUUGGCCUUCCAUUCUGGGACAGCUUCGCUGUUAUAUUGGCGAUUAAUGUUGUCAGCAACCUGCUGCCUGCGUGGACAGCUGCAUUUGGGCUGACAGGUUUACGUAUGACGACUUUCUCUCGCUACUCGUUCGGUUAUUGGGGAAACCUUUUAGUCGUCGUCUUCUCCAUGGUAGCGACAACCGGCUGGAAUGCUAUCAAUUCGAUAUCCGGCGCUGUUGUCCUCAAUGCCCUAUCAGAUGGGAGAUGUCCAACCUGGGCAGGAGUAAUAAUUAUUUGCACCAUUGUCUGGGUAGUAUGCACACUCGGCAUAAGCUGGAUUCAUCGCCUUGAUGUGUUUGCUUGGAUUCCGCCAUUGAUUGUUUGGUGUGUAGCCGCCGGUACUGGCGCUUCCCACCUAACAGGAGUCGACAAUAACCCAACUACUGGUCCGAACAGGGCAGCUCCUGUGCUCACCUUUAUGGCAAGUAUAUUCUCGUUUGCGGUUUCUUGGAUAAACUGCUCGGCCGAUUUCAACGUGCGAAUGCCGGUAAACACCCCGCGCUGGAAGAUAUUCAGUGCCACGUACGUUGGUAUUUUCGUGCCCACUGUCUUAGUGCAAACACUAGGGGCCGCGCUAUAUACUGGGACAAUCAAUAACCCCGACUGGAAGCAAGCUUAUGGAGAGUCUGGUGUGGGAGGCUUGCUUAAAAUGGCGCUGGAACCAGCAGGGGGUUUUGGGAAAUUUCUCAUGGCUCUUGCAGCGUUAAGCGCAGUGCCAAACAACAUUCCCAAUAACUAUUCCUUCGCUCUCCACGCACAGAACUUCGGACCAUGGGCACUCCGCAUCCCUCGAAUAGUGCUCGUAACAUUUGGCUUCGUCGCAGCAGUUGUCAUCGGGUGCUGCGCGGCGGAGUAUUUCGACGACACAUUGCAGACUCUGUUGAGUGUCAUUGGAUAUUGGACGGUUAUUCAUAUCACCCUGGUUGUCCAAGAGCAUUUCAUGUUCCGAGGUGGGUGGAAGGGAUAUAAUCUCGACGCUUGGAAUGAUCCACUCUACUUGCCGUUCGGCUGGGCUGCCAUAGCGGCAUUUGCCUUUGGCUUCUUGGGAGCCGCUCUAGGCAUGAAGGUUGCGUGGUACGUCGGACCAAUCGCUUCGUUGAUUGGUGACUCUGGAGCAAAUAUCGGCCACGAGUUGACUUUUGCAUUUUCUGGCAUCACCUUCCCGGUUUUUCGUUGGCUGGAGAAGCGCUAUACCGGCCGCUGA